GUUGUCAGUACACGUAGCGGUAACUCGCUAAGUUGAGGCAUUUCAGUGACAGCAUAGACCCUGAAAUGCAACGUUGAGCCACGUUCCCCUAAUAAAAGACGGUAGAGCCUCUCAGCUAAUGUUAGUCGAAUUCAGUGCUUAGUUCAAACGAAACGAAACGAUCCAAUAUUAAACAGAAAUCUUUCAGUUGCACAAAAGGAAACGCAUUCUGGAAAUAACUCUGUGUAUUUUGCCAUUAGCAAGUAUAAUUCAAGUGUUUAGUAGUGAAGUGACUGACGGUACAAAGAAACAGAGAUACGCAAGCAAUUUAACUUGCUUGAAAGCAACCUGUUUUAACGCAGAAAACCACCGUAGUGCAAAAAUGGCGAGAGAGGUGAAAGUGAAUUGCGCAACGGUCGCUAUAUUUGCAAUUUUAUUGCUUACCCAAAAUUUAGGGUGUAGUGAAGCAAAGUUCAAAACGCACAGCAACCGGAAAUCUAAUAGUGGACUUAGUAGUAGAAAUGUGAUCAAGAGCUACCGGACACAAAGCAGUGCCGGUAACUCACAGCCACCGUCGGCUGCGGGAAGUGGUGCAAGCAAUACUCCACCUAUAGGAUGGAAUGUGCCGAGAUCGCAAGGAUACCCGGCUUCUGGAACCAAUGUAUACACCCCAAUAACAGCCACUAAUACAAAAGGUGUGCAGAGCUCUUAUCCUGGUGCUACUUAUAAUUUUCCAGGCUCGAUUCCUGCAGGCGCAACAUAUCAUUCACCUGGCUCAGUUCCAGCUGGCACAACGUACCACUCGCCUGGUUCAUACCCUGCAGGAGGAAACCCAUAUUCAUCGCCUGGGCAAGUGCCAGUAAAUGGCGGUUAUUAUCCGGCUGGAGGCAGGCAAUAUCCCUCGGCUGGAGUACCAGCUGGUACUUACGUAGCUCCUGGUACUGCACUUCCUCAAGGCGCGGUGCUUUUCCCAUCACCACAGCAACAAACUCCAUCAGGAUUAAAAAUUGGUGCUGGUUUGGCUGUUGGUGUCAUUGGAGGGGUAAUUGGUCACGAGCUAACGAAAACUCAUACCCGUGUGGAAUCAGCAACAGCUGCACCCGCUCGACAACCAGGUAGCGCUGAGAACAAAAUCAUCAUUAUUAAUAACGGUCGACCAUGUUCAGUAACUACGACAAAUGCUGCUGGUGCUACCGUCAUCACAACGGGUGUCGUUGGCGAAAACGCCAAACAACCGAUGCCAGCGCCAGCACCGACCGCUGCACCGGCAAUACCAAACGUACCGCUUGCCCCCAUAGGUGAUAAUAACGCAACAAAACCAACACCAGCGCCACGUGCUGCACUCGCAGAAAGUGCUCCUGCCGCCGCUCCACAAGCAGCCCCCGAACAACCCCGACCAGGCGGCCUAAUUUGUGUACCAGUACGCGUUAAUGAUACCGAUCCAGCAGAUAGUACCAAGAUGAUUGAAGUAGAAAAAAUUGUUUGUUACCCAGCACCCCCACCGCCGCCACCAGCACCUGUAGCUGGUGCUCAAAUGAAUCGUACCGCGCCAGUUAUGCCACCAGCUAGCGAAGGAAGUGCACCGUUGGUGCCAAUGUGCCCCAGUCAGCGCAGCUUGCAAGCAAAUCGCACUCGAGCACGCUUGUUAUCGGACAAUGCUUCGGUAAAAACAAGCGGUGCUGGAGCAUGGCUCAAUUACGCCGCCUGCAAUGCUAUGACAACUGUGCUAUUGCCAUUAUUUGUUGCGUUUUAUAUCCUGAACAGGGUAUAUUAAGUUUGUCACGAAGUUUGUAACACACAGAUGAGUCGAUUUAGCCAUGUCUGUCUGUCUGUAUAUAUAGUAUACGAACUAGUCCCUCAGUUUUUAAGAUAUCGUUUUGAAAUUUUGCGAACGUCAUUUUCCCUUCAAGAAGCUGCUUAUUUGUCGAUCCGCGGAUAAAAAAACGAUUUUUUCUUUCAAAAUUACGCCAUUUUGUUAAUUUUUGAUAUUUUUCAAAGAUCGUAAUUCAUUGUAUAGGAUCUCUCUUUAAGUUUAAUAAACUUUUCAAAUUUUUUUGUUUGAGCUACUCAUUCGGCCGGAAUGAUGCCAGCAGUUGGGGCAGUUUUUGUUUGGCACCUCCGAGGAGAGCCCAUAACUCCGUUAUUUUUCAACAUUUUUGUAAUAAAAAAAUCUUAAAAUAUAGCCGAAAAUAUACCUUAUUACGUUCUAAGAAGUUUGAAAUAUUCAAUCGCAUACUGCCGCUUAAAAAAUGCACGAAAGUCGCUUAUUUUUUAAUGCGUCACACAGGUAUAGCUCCUUAAAAUAUACGUCGAAUAAUGAUUGCGGUUUUACGUGUCUCUUUGUAACAUAAGAUUGAUUCUCCAUUUUGAACAGAUAUUCCAACGCGAAACUCGCGCCUUUGUAAUUUAAAUGAGGGAUUUUUUAAAGCAGACAACAAUUAAGCAAUAUUUGCAGCUCAAAAUAUUUUAAAACAAAUGUUUUCUUAUAAAUGCAUCGUUUGACGUAAAUAUCUUUUGUCUUCAUAAGCCAUAAAAAAGUGUUUAAGUAUCUAUAAAUUCGUGUUAAAAACGUAAUCACAUUUCAAUAAAACAGUAGUAAAUAUAUGUAUAUAUUCAUAGAUAUUUGAUAAUUGUAUUGUGCACCUAAGAAAUUAAAAAUAUGUAAUGCAAUAAAAUUAGCUUGCAAGCACCCACUAACCGCAAAAACUAGUUUGACUUACAUUGAGUAAUGGUUGUAAUAAUUAAGAAAAGGCAAACAAAGCAGUAAAACAGGUAUGUAAAUAUGUGUAUGCUUAAAUUCUUUGCAACUAUACACCCAUUAUCUAGAAAAUUGUAAUUAAAAAGAAUUGGUGCAGUCCAGAUAAUUAUAAUACUACUCAUCAAUUCUACAAAUCAAUAGUGAGUGUAUUCCAGCCUUUCAUUAAAGUUAAAAAUUAAUAAUAAAACACCACAAAGCAAUAAUAAAUUAGAAUAAUUCACAUAUUAUUUUUUUCAUGCUUA